AUGUUCCCCGAUGAGCUCAAGGGACUGACGCCGGUCGAAGAGAAGCUCAUCUCGCUGAACUCAUGUUACGGGCAUGUCAGGGGCCACAUCACAGUGUUUCCGAACAAUGUGCAGGAGCUGGCCACCAAAGUGCUCCCACCCCUUUUGCAAGCACUGGACGAGAUCCACAUCUCGUGGCAGGGCGCGGAGAAGCCGGCACCGAGCGACCUGUCGAGUCUCUUGUCGAUCGAGAUCGACGCGGCGGAGAUGGAGAGCUGGGAGACUCGAUACACGGGCGCGGACGGCGCACGUUGUGCCGCCCACGGAACGCGCCAUGGACGAGGAGGGCCGGUGGAGAUCGAGGAGCUCUUCGCCCUGCUCAACCAAGGACAAGAAGCCGGCGGCCAGGGUGAAGGUCACGGGCCCAACGGAGAAGGCGCGGUUCGCGAUGGAAGUGACGCCUGCCCCGACCAGAACGUUCCAGCGAUCAACGAGGUGACGUCUUCUGGCAUGUUCGCGCUCGACGGACCGCCAGACGUCGCGGACGUGGAGAAGCUGCAGUUUGCCUGUGACGCUGUUGCCGGGGUUCGGGGCGUGGCGACGGUGGUUGUGAGCCAUACAUCCGGGUUUCGCGGGGGUGAGUUUACCGAUUCCUUUGAGGCGUCCUUCUUUGCCAGGACGUUCCCGACCCUGUUCCCAUUUGGCGUUGGGGGACCAAGGCUGGUUGAAGAGACCAUGGUCGACGCGGGGAAGGUCACGGCCAACUUGCGAGGCAGGGCUGUCGAGGCGUGGGCCGAGAUCGUGCUCCGGCGCCAUGGUGGUCGAUUUGCACUGCACCACAUCUUCGCAUUUCUCGUCUUCAACAUGGGGGUGCGGUCGAGGAACCGCCGGUCGCUCAUCGUCGGAUAUGGCGUGCCGGCCAUCUGGUUCACCAUCAACCCGAACGACAUUACGAACCCGGUGAAGCUGCGACUGGCGGCAUACCGCACACGCGAUCCCGACGCGGCCGAGGAGUUCUUAGAAGGCCUUGGGGAUGCGUAUAAGCGGGCACGGCUGGCGAUAUCGGAUCCCAUGAGCUCGGCCGUGUUCUUCCACCGCGAGAUGAAGCUGUUCUUCGAUCAUUACGUGAAGGUCGGUGAAGACUCGAUGCUUGCCGACAUCCACGGGGAGGAUCAGGCGGCGUAUCGCGAGCGAAUCGUCCGAUACAUCGAUAGCGUCUUCUCAGAGGCGCCAUGGAGGUUAGUCGACAAGACCGCCCUCACGGCAGACGGGGUGCUGCAGAUCCGGAGGACACACAGCAUGGUCAAUCGAUGGAACGAGGCUAUUGCUGUCGGGCUCCGGCACAACCAUGAUAUUUCCUUCAUUGCGACGCAGCGCAAGACAAUGGCCCUCAUCUAUUAUGUCACGAACUACGCGACCAAGGUGGAGGACCCGGUGUGGAAGCGUGUGGCGGCCGCGGCCGAGCUCCUGGCCGCCUCAACAGGGAACAGGACGCGACAGUUCCUGAUGAGAGUGGCGAACCGCGUGUUCACGGAGCGUCCGCUAUCACAGGUCGAGGUCGUCGCUCACCUUCUCGGAUAUCCGGCCGAGUUCACCGACAGCAGCGCGUGGGCGUACCUGAACUGUUCUCUGCUGUACUGGAAGUCUUUCGGCGAUGGCGGCAUCUCCGAGAAGCCAGUGGCGCUGCGGCUAUGGAUGGCGUCUUGGAUGACACCGGGAGAGCUGCUGAAAGGCCUAUGCCUGUAUGACUACAUAUCGAUCGUCAGACUGAAACGCAUCGGCAACGACGAGAGCUGGGCGGCUUGGGAGAUGUCUUUCGAGGAUGGAUGGGCGCCGGGACGACGCUGGGUUCAGGUGCUCAGGCGGCCGGGCAAGCACGCUACCGUCUGCCUCGACGGCUACCUGAGCAAGGACUUCACCUACGAUGACGAGUCGUGCUACCGGAGGGCAGCCGUGCAGCAUCUUGCGCUGUUCGUGCCGUGGAGUCCUUCCUGGGCGAAGGAACAGCUGCUUCGACGAUCCGCCGAAGACGCAAAACGCGACGCCAAGCAAUGGGCAGCCUCGUCCGGCGAUGGCGACCCGACGGUCGCACACGUCGAGGAGGGUGGAGCAGGCGAGGCGGGCGCGGAGUCUGCAGCGACAUAUCAGCCCAACAGCAUCGGAGACGCAACGCGGCUCAUCGACGUCGUCCGAGGUGCAGUGGGAGCGAAUCAGGUGACGGCCAAGUCGCCGGAGCUCAUGGCAAUGAUACAGCAGCUCUGUCGGUUUCAGCAAUCGGCGCUGCGCUCGACGGCCGAGCUCGAGGCCACGGCGCUGAUUGAACGAGGGGAGGCGGUUAAGCAUGCCAGGGCGGGUAUUUUCCGGGGCCGCACUACCGCCGCAGGAUCAGGUCAAGGCUAUCAAGUCGCAGCAGGGGCGGGAAUGGACGUUCAGUUUGGCCCAUCAACCUCCUUCCUCGCGGCGGGCAAGGUGUUGGCAACACGGCUGACGCUGAACAAGAGGCAGUCCAUCGCUUUUCUGAUAAUAUGCCGCCAGCUCGAUUUGAUGCAGCAGACCGACGGGGCGAUGCCUGCCAGCUGCGCCAGUUCGUCGGCGGAGCGGUUCAUCCACGGCCAGUCUCGAAUGGAUUGGCAGGAGAAGGAUGUGCUCGUCAUCGACGAGGUGAGCAUGCUCGGGGCGCGGACGCUGCACGCCGUGAACGAGCGGCUUCGCCGGCUUCGCGGAUCGCGGCAAGAUUUCGGGGGGAUCCCCAUCGUCCUCUUCUGCGGAGAUUUUCAGCAGUUCCGGCCGGUCCAAGAGAGGUCGAUCGUCCUGCCUAGCGCGGCCAUCUCGUGGGACGUAGACAACUCGUUCAAGGCCGAGCAGCGUCACCAGCACGACAAAGCGCACGCACUGUGGAAGAGGUUCACGACGGUCGUCAUGCUGGACGAGCAGAUGCGCGCCGCCGGCGACCCGGAGCUGCAGAGGCUGCUGAAGCGGAUCCGUCUAGGCGUGCAGGAUCGGACGGAUCUAAACCUCCUCAACUCAAGGAAUCGGUGGAACCUGAACAUGGAGGCGAGCCUGGCGUUCCGGGUCCAGCAGCGGUCGACGAUGCGCAUUUUCAUCUCCGAGCACAAGUGGAAGGAGGAGCUGCCGACGGAGGAAGAGGCGAUCAUGAUACUCAACCAGGGCGACGAUAGCGCGAUCCCGGUGCCGGCCGUCUUCAUGUUCGUGGCCGGGAUGCCCAUCGUCGUGAACCACAACACCCACCAGGGGCUGAAGCUAGUGAACGGCGCGAGCUACUCGGCGGUGGAGGUCAUUGUCGACAAGGCGUACCGGGGCAUCGGAUCUCGGCCGAUAUGA